UCAAGAGAAAUAUUUUUAGCGCUUUUGAAUAAAUUUUUGGUCAAAUUUUAAAUAAAAUUUUUAGAAGAAUUUGUAUGUUUUUGGUAAAGUGUUCUUUUGUAUUUCUAAUAAUAAUUAUAUAAAAAAUAUUUAAACCAAAAUGAAUUUUAAUUGGUUUCUUUUUCCUGGCUUUCAAAGGAAGAAGAAGCGUCUAAGCAACUGAAAAUCUCUCUCUCUCUCUCUCUCUCUCUCUCUCUCUCUUAGCUUUGAGUUCGAACAGAAGCCGAAGUAUCCGACGAUUCUCUCUGCAAAUUAUAGAACGUGGCUUCUUGGUAUGGAACUUACAUCAUACCAUUCUGCACCAUGCUGUCAUGUUGUAAAUAUAAGGAGGAAAUUGGUUAGUAAAAGCUUGAGGUCACAAUGGUCAAAGCUCUCUGCUGCCAGAAAAUAUGGAGUUGUAUGUGCAAGAAUGGAUACAAAACGGGGACACUUGAGGUUUUCUAAUAGACAUAGUUUUGGCCCAAGAAACUUCAGUUAUCUGGAAGCUUCUAUAUCAUUUAAUGCUUUUGGAGGCUUUUGGAACGUUGAUUCAAGGGUCUUGAGGAGAGCCUAUGAUAAUUAUGUAAUUGAUGGGGAAGAGGAUGCAAGAAAUAUAUCAGAAAGGGGUAAAUCAGUAACGAAGGUUUUGAUUCCUAGUUUGCCAGAUGAAAUCAAUGGUGAUUGUGGUGCUCCUGGAAGUAGUUGCUUUUGGGAAUGGAAGCCUAAACUCAAUGUGCAUUAUGCAAAAUCAGGGUCCGAAAAUGUUAGUUCCCCCCCGAUGCUCUUUCUUCCUGGUUUUGGUGUUGGUACCUUCCAUUAUGAGAAGCAAUUGAAAGACCUAGGCCGCGAUUACAGAGUGUGGGCUAUGGAUUUUCUUGGGCAGGGCAUGUCAUUGCCAUUUGAAGAUCCUACUCCUCAGUUUAAAGAAGGGUUUGGUACUGACAGGGAGGAGUUAAUGUGGGGCUUUGGAGAUGAAACUGAACCCUGGGCAAAUGAGCUUGUUUACUCCACUGAUUUGUGGCAGGACCAAGUCUGCGCUUUCAUAGAAGAGGUUAUUGGUGAACCAGUUUAUGUUGUGGGAAAUUCUUUAGGAGGAUUUGUUGCACUAUAUUUUGCGGCAUGCAACCCUCAUUUGGUGAAGGGUAUCACAUUGCUCAAUGCAACACCUUUCUGGGGAUUUCUUCCUAAUCCUAUGAGAUCUCCAAGGCUAGCAAGUUUGUUUCCAUGGGCUGGCACAUUUCCUCUGCCUACUAGUGUGAGAAAGCUCACAGAACUGGUUUGGCAGAAAAUAAGUGAUCCUCGAAGUAUUGGGGAGGUGCUUAGGCAAGUUUAUGCAGAUCAUUCAACAAAGGUUGACAAAGUGUUUUCUCGUAUACUUGAAACAACCCAACACCCAGCUGCUGCUGCAUCAUUUGCCUCAAUUAUGUUUGCUCCUCAAGGACAAUUGUCCUUUAGGGAAGCCUUAUCUAGGUGUCAAAUGAACAAUGUACCAAUCUGUCUCAUGUAUGGGAAGGAAGACCCUUGGGUGAAGCCUGUUUGGGGUCAUCAGGUGAAACAACAGCUACCUGAAGUUCCAUAUUAUGAGAUCAGCCCUGCUGGGCAUUGCCCCCAUGAUGAAGUUCCUGAGGUAGUGAAUUAUUUACUACGUGGGUGGAUUCGAAACCUAGAGUCCCAGGGAUCUGUUGGAUUGCCUCUGCUUGAGGAACCAGAAAGUUUGCAGUAUGGCAUAUCCAGGGACUUGGAAUUUUCCAGGGAAGGAAUGAGAAAAUUGGUGAGGGUACAGUUCAUGGGAACCAGUUAUUCGCUUUGGAACCAGAUAGGCUCCUACAUUAAAUCUCGAUUUAGGGGUUUGAAAGUCAAAUCUUAAUUGCCUUUGCUCAAGACAUGUUGUAUAUUUUGUAGUGUGUCAUGUGUCUGAUCUAUUCAUGUGCUGAAAGAAAAUAAUAAUAGUAAAUCAAAUCAGUCUCUGUAUUCAGUAUUUGUAUUGCAAAUUCAAGUUUUCAGAUUUUUUAGGUGUUGGCAUUUACACAACGAAUUACCCUUGAAAAUCUGUUGGUUUAUGUGUAGAAAAUUUAUCCAUUGAGCAUUGAUGCAGUCUUUACCCUGUUACU